AAAAAUCCACAACAUUUACAAUGUUGAUAUUGGUAUCAAUAUCAGCAAUAUUGACUGGUCGGUUUUGGAUAGGUAUAGGAUUGAUACCCAAAUGCUCAGUAUUGCCCAGCCCGUGACAAAUAGUUAUAGGUAAGCAUUAAGGACACCAAGAUUUUGAAUAAUAUCGCCCAAUUUUCGUAUAGCAAAAACAGAAAUAGAAAAGUGUUGACCAUUACAGGGAAUUAGGCCAAAAUGCAGACAGAAGUCUAAUAAAAGAGCUGAAAACGUUUUGAUUCCGGAGUUUUUGAAGUUUCUGAGGAAUAAGGUGAGGAUAAAAAAGGAAAAAAAAAAAAAACGACCAUAACAUGCAGUUCUAACCUCCACCUGUCAGUGGCGCUCUGAGCUUAAACUCCAAGCAGAGAAGAAGAAGGACAAAGAAUCAGACUGAAGGAACAUUCUAGAGAAGGAAAAGCGCUGAUAUAAGCUGGUCUCUCACAAUGGUGAAGAUCUUUGUGGGCAAUCUGCCCCGAGAGGCGACAGAAGAGGAGAUCAAGGCUCUUUUUGAAGAGCAUGGCGCUGUCACUGAGUGUGCAAUCAUCAAAAACUUUGCCUUCGUCCACAUGGAUGACCGCAAAGCGGCCACCAAAGCCAUCAAGACUCUGCACCAGCACAAGCUCCACGGCACAGCCAUCAACGUGGAGGCCAGCCACGGGAAGAACUAUGGUCCAGUCAAGAUUCAUGUUGCCAAUGUGGACAAGGGAUGCGACGAGGAGCUGCGGGCUCUCUUUGAAGAGUACGGUACGGUCUCAGAAUGUGCAGUUGUGAAGAAUUUUGCAUUUGUACACAUGCCCAACUAUGACGAGGCCAUGGAUGCCAUCAAGGAACUGGAUAACUCUGACUUUCAAGAGAAACGCAUCCAUGUUCAGGUGUCCAAGAGUCGACCCAAAUACGAGGAGUAUGAAGAAUACCCUCCUGCCCCACCUCCCCCUCCUCCUGUCCCAGAAAGGGGUGGCUACUGGCCUCCUCGAUACCCAGGAGACAGACCUGAGCCUCCUCCACCCAGCUACAUGAGGGGUCGUUAUAUGCCGCCAGGUUACCCCGCCCCUCCUUUGCCGCCCCCUCCCCCAAGACGAGCCGUUUAUCCUGAACGUCCAUACGACGCUGAUAGAUACAGUAUGAUCGAUUAUUACGAAAAAUACAGAGCCCGUCCGUAUGGCAUGUAUGAGGAUCAACGUUCUGGCAUCCCGCCUCCUCCUCCGCCUCCCCCUCCACCCCCAGCCGUCGUCCGCGACCGUGUAAUGAGCUCGUCGCAUGACCCAUAUGAGCGUCGGCCCCUGCCUCCGCCUCCACCUCCUCCGACUUCAUACUACGCUCGAGACCGCAGCCCCAUCAGGAGGGGGCCCGGCGCUCCGAUGCCUCCCGCCAGUAACGGCUAUUCCUACGACCGCUCUGCUUAUGGAGUUCCACGUGCACGGGACCCUUACACAGACCGCCUGCCUCCGCCGCCGCCCCCGCCUGCACGCUAUCCUUAUUAGACGAGACAUCGACGUCUGAAGGGUUUUUGUCCCACUGCGUCGCCACAUGCGCCAUCAUGAUGUUUGUGAAUCUAUCUUCUUCCUGUCUGCGGCGGAGCGCGUUACGUUUCUAUGCGACACUCGCAAGAGGAAACGAUUUGUCGACGUUUGUUUUUUAUUUUGAUAAUACUUUUACAGCUCUUUUUUCCUGUUUUAGUGUAACUGUACUGAAGUAUUUUGAUUGACGUCUGAAUAAGGCAUAGAUUUUUUUUUUUUUAUUCGAUAACUCAUUAAACCUAAUGUUGUUUUGAAGUCACAAUCUCACGAUUGAUCGAGUUUUCUGUCAGUUAAACCUCUGUGGCGUAGCUGUAAAACUUUUAGACUGGAAAAAAUAGCUACCAAAACACAAUGUAUUGAUAAAGUAGGAAUCUGUCAGGUCAGCGUUUUCAUUGUUGAAGCGGAUCUGUUAAAUAUGCGCUAAAACAUCACUGUAAACCUUUUCUUCAAACGCUGUCUGUUAAUGGCAAAGUUCUGAAUUUUAAGCCCCGCUGAUUAAAGAAGCUGUCCUCUUUGG